AUGUCUAUUUCAUUUGGGGGGUCCAAUGCCGGCUUUCAAGUGGGUGUGAACAACGGCUUCAUCAAUCCCACUUUCCAUAUGCCGUCGGGGGAUGACGACUCGCCCCUGAAUCCCAAUGUUUCGAUACCUUUUUCCCGCAAUACUCAGUUCAUUGCCGAUCAAUUCAUUUUGGAUCAGCUUCAUGAAAAGCUCUCCGUGCCGGGGUCAAAAGCGGCACUUGUUGGCAUGGGGGGAGUCGGGAAGUCGCAGCUUGCCUUAGAAUACUGUUAUCAAAUUCUCGAUCGAUCACCAGACACACGGGUCUUCUGGGUAUGCGCGAGUAAUACAGCCCGUUUGGAACAAAGCUACCGCGAUCUUGCCGAUUUUCUCAGAAUUCCUCAUCGCAGUCAGCCUGAUACAAAUAUUUUCCAGCUUGUGCAAAAUUGGAUCCAGGACUGGAAGCAGAAUUGGGUUCUUAUUUUGGACGACAUUAUGAAUGGAGACAUCCUUCGUACCUCACCGCCAGCAGCGAAUGAGGAUGGAACGAAUGAUGAAUACAAUGCUUUGAAGAGUAUUUUUCGAUCAUUUGAAUCCCGAGAUAUUCGAGGUACAAUUCUUAUGACCACUCGAAAUCGUGAAAUAUCUAGAAGCAUCGACAAAUGCAAUACCAUUCAAGUUAACACCAUGAGCGAGCCACUUGCUUUGGCUCUACUGGAAAAUUUACUACUGGAGUCUGCAUUCAUGCAAAACGAAGCCAAGAUGCUUAUACGAGCUGCUGGUUAUCAUCCACUCACAAUCGUGCACGUUGCUAGAUGCAUCAUAUCUCGAUACAGUCUAUUUGAGGCAACGCGGUUCCUUGAAAUUCUCCAGGAGCAUCAGAGGAAUUCCCUAAGCCAUGAAGUAGACUCUCCACCCACUGGAUUCAGAUCUGCCAUUCGAAUUUCUUUCGAUAAUCUACAAGACACAUGCCCAGCGUCCAUGAACCUACUAUUUUUGAUGAGCUUCUUUGAUCCGAACGGAUUCACAAAAAGCUUGCUGAAACGAAGCAGUAAUGAAGUGGACAGAAAUGCAGAUGACACUUUUGAGAGUGAUUUCUACAUGCUCAAAAAGAAUUCUCUAGUUGUGAUCGGCAAAAAUAGACAAACGUUUUUCAUUCAUGAAUUGUUACAGCAUGAAAUAAAAAUUCGGCUUGAAGAGCACGGCCAGAUUGAGCAAUGGAGGAAACAGUUCGUCAUAAAUCUUUCUCGCGAGUUUCCAACAAUUGGACUUGAUACAGGGAACCGAAAGAAAUGCCAAUCCUUAUUCCCACACCUGAAAGCAGCAAUGGCACAGCUCCCAAACUCAAGCUCGGAGGAAUCACUCCUGGAGUGGGCUGAACUUCUUCAAAAAGGUGCGCAGUAUGCGACAGUGAUUGGAGGCACCUUGGACAUGAAGGAGAUGGCUAGGAAGGCAAUGGAGGUUAGAGAGCGUUUGCUUGGCCAAGAUGACCAGAAAACCAUGGAUUCCUGCAUGACGCUCAUCCGAGCAUACAUUCUAGAACGUGAAUUGAAAAGGGCUGAAAACCUAGCGGAGUCACUUAUUCCACGUUCUACUCGAGCCCUAGGAGCGGAAAAUCGCACUUCACUCACUGCUAUGGAUUAUCUAGCUUUGAUAAAAUGGCAUCAAGGCCACUGGCAGGAAGCAGAGGUCUUGAAUUUGAAGGUUCUUGGGAUACGAAAAGAAAGGUUUGGACCAGAGCAUCUGGACACUGUGACAAGUAUGAACAAUUUAGGCUUGACUUAUUGGAAUCAAGGUCGAUGGCAAGAGGCAGAAUCACUUCAAUCUCGAAUACUUGAGGUUCGAAGACAGUCACUUGGUCCAAACAAUCCAGAUACUCUCACCAGCAUGAACAACCUUGCAACAACCUACUGGAAUCAAGGACGGUGGCGAGACGCAGAAAUACUAGGAAAAGAGGUUCUCGAUGCCCGCGUAGAUUUGCUUGGACCCCAGCACCCGGACACUUUGACCAGCAUGAAUAAUCUCGCAUUGGUAUAUCGCGACCAAGGCCGAUUAGUGGACGCCGAAGCUCUAUCCGUACAGGUGCUCGAGAGCUACGUCAAUCUGCAAGGACGAGGCCAUCAAAAUACGCUAGGGAGCAUGGAGAAUCUUGCCUCUAAUUAUCGAAAUCAAGGUCGAUGGACGGAAGCGCAAGCACUGCAGACUGAAGUCCUCAAAGCUCGUGAAAAGCUUUUUGGUCAUAAUCAUCCGGAUACCUUGACAAGUUUGACCAAUUUGGCGACAACAUACUGGAACGAAGGUCGAUUUGAAGAUGCUGAACGCUUACAAAAGCGUGCGCUUCAGACCAGCCAAAAUUUAUUCGGUCGAGAGCAUCCAGAUGUGCUUUCAAGAAUGAGCGAUCUGGCUUUGACUUAUCAAAGUCAAGUAAGGAUGGCUGAGGCCGAGGAGCUCCUACUUCGAGUCUUAAAGUCUCAGAAAGCGCAGCUUGGUCAAGAACAUCCAGAUACGCUUCAUUGUAUGCGAAAGUUGGCUUCAAUUUACCUUGAGCAAGGCCAGCUGGAUACUGCUGAAUCCCUGCAGGUCGAUGCACUCGCCAGAGGUGAAAAAGUACUUGGCAUGGACCAUCCAACAGUGCUCUCAAAUAUGAACGCUCUGGCAUCGAUCUAUAGAAGCCAAGGCCGACUAGAUGAUGCCGAAGAUAUACUCUCGCGAGCCAUGGGUUCUUACCAGAGAGUUCUAGGCCCAGAGCAUCCUGAAACGGUAAAUAGCAUGGAAAAUCUAGCGUUAAUUGCCUUCGGAAAACAAGAAUGGAACAAGGCCGAAACGCUCGAGAGAAUGGUAAAAAAUAUACGAAUGAAAAUAUUCCGAGAAGAUCACCCGGAAACCCUGAAAGCGAUCAAGCUGCUCAACCAAUUUGCUCGGCAGAAUCUGGCAGAAGAGAAAUUCAAUUUGGACGACUCUUUAUCUGACUUUUCAGAUUCUGGUUCUGUCAUCAGUUCUUUCUCAUAUACAGCAAGUGUCUCUACAAACCCCACACUAGAUCAGCCCAUUGCAAUGACCGGUGUCGAGGUACUUACUGCAUCCUUGUUAAAGAAUGAAAACUUUCAAAAUCUCUGCAAGUCUGCACUUUUGGAGAGACAGAUACCGAGAGGGCGGGUUCAUAGAAACCUCCGGAGGCUUCUUCGACUUUUUGCAUCUCAUUUGGGCCAAGGCGCUCAAGCUGGUGAACAUGCCAAUACCAUCAAAUUUGUGCGAAGCGCAUCUUCCAGAAUCGCUAGUCGAAUAUUGCAGAGUCCUGGAAUAGUGAACAUCCCUGGUGCUGUGUAUUCAACGCUGGACAUCUUGAAGUGGCCAGCUCCAGGGCCAAGAUUGAAGAGUCCUCCAAAUGCUGAGACUCUAGAUGAACUUUCGCGCAUUGAGGAGGUCGAGUCCGAGUCCGAGUCGGGCAUGAGUGAAGAUGAAUUCGAAGUUCAGGAGGCCACAAUACUCGACGAUAUUCAAAGGCUUGAGGACUUUUUGUUUACAUCCAAUGCAUUCCAAGUCAUGGAAAGGAAGUUCUUUGAUUUUGUUUAUCCCUCUCUUCGCUCCAAGUUGAUGAAAUGGAUUACCAAGGAACGUCGACUCAAAAGAUUCACGCCUGAGCUGCUACGAGAUCUUGAAGUGGUAGUUAGCGAGCUGCAACACAUUGCCGUUGAUCAGAUUUUGACCUGUGGCGAGCUUCGCUGGGCUAAAGUGCCUCUCUCUUUUGCGAAACGCGUUACUGGUGCUUCCAAAACUCUUGCUCAGUCAAAUGCCGCGGCCAGUCCAUCAUCACAAAUGGCUUCAUCGUCACAGGACUCAUACCCCAGUGUUCCAGGUCAAUCCGAUCAAGAUACAGCUCAGAAUCAUCAGAAUUCCAGUUGGGGUCGCACCCCAACGCACUCAUAUAAGGUCUUCAAUCGUCCAACCACGCCCGAGGAAGAUAAGCCUGAUCUUCACAUUUUCCUCGUCAUGAAGCAUUGGUUUUGGGACUCUUUUUGCCUUUCCCAAACAUCAGUCAAGACUAUGACAGACUAUACCUUUUUUACCUGGAUGCGAGCGACGUAUUAUUCUCGGCGCGGAUUCCUGCUUGAAUGGUUUGGGAUUUCCAAGUAUUCUCAUUGUGAAUUCUACAAGUGCACAAGGUUUGCAUGGUCCAAAUACGAGCCGUUGAAGAAAGAAUACCCUAGCGACGAGCCAUCCUAUCAUUAUCGCCCGAAACCUUUGGAUCCUGUGCCACCAAUGUCUCCACAUCAAUUCAGGCACUUUUUCGAGGACCAAGCGUGGCACUUUAUCACAUUUCGAAGAUUAGCCAAGAUAUUCUCAACAGCAGAGCUGAACGAUACAUUCGAUGAGCAUGUCAAUCUUCUUCCCAAGCGUGAUAGUGUAAUGGAGGAAAGAGAUUACUCACGUGAGGUUUUCUGGGGGCUGUACGUUUUCGAGAUUCGCUCAGUGUUCAUGUUGGUAUUCUACAGUUUUCUGUUUAUGACUCCGUCGAUUUAUUUUUUCUUCGCCUGGUUAUUCCAAUGGGGCCACCACGGGGAUCUACAAAAUGCCUCUGUUCUUCCUACUUUGUCACUCAUGUUGGUUCCAUUUUGGGGAUACAUUAUCUUCAGCUCACCAGGCUUUGACCCAUCUCCUCAAAGCCACUGA